AUGUUCAAGGCUGAUGUUCAUCUGUCGGACAUGCUACACUACGUGCAUCGGGACGAAAAGUUCUUUUACCUUACAAAGACCACUCGUAAGUACUACAUCCUGGGAACCGCGAACCACAACGAACAUGGCUAUUACAUCAACGAAACCAGCAUGUGGUGGGACGGCAAGAUAGGCUCGUGGUCGUUUGUCGAGUCGAAAGUCCUACUCUCGAUUGCGGCAAAGUGGCCAAACCCCGACAAGACGGUGCGGCUACAGCACCGAAAUGCCCGGGCCCACGUCACCUCCAUGGACGCGCAACUCACGACAGCCUUCGACGAAUAUGGCAAGAAAGGUCGGGUCUUCUCGCUCGUCCCCCAGCCGCCAAACUCCCCGGACACCAACAUCUUGGACCUUGGCUUCUUUGCCGCGAUCCAGCCCCUACAACACAAAAAGUCAGCUAGCCUGCCUUUUGGAGACUAUGCCUACAUGGUGCCUCACAUGGGUAAAGUAAAUAUGGCCCGCAAUGGACAACUACCUCAAAACGUGCAGUGUCCGCCGGAUGUGUAUCAUACUUGCUUGGAGAAGCUGGCCGCGCAGGAUGCUGUAGCCAUGGAACGAGCGGUGUCAGCGGAGGUCGAAGAGGCGCGGUGCCUCGACACGCUGGCCCGAGAGCUCGAGUGCAUUCACCUAAGCGAUUGUGAGGCGACCGAUGAUAUCAUCUCUACAAUGCCGAAGUAG